AGAUUACGUGUUGAGGAUGCAUUGUAUUAUUUGGAUCAGGUGAAGCAACAAUUUGCUGAGGCACCGGAUGUUUAUGUCAGUUUUCUGGAUGUUAUGAAAGAUUUCAAAUCGCAAUGCAUUGAUACGCCUGGUGUGAUAAAACGUGUCUCACGUUUAUUCCGCGGUCGACCCAGUCUCAUCAUUGGUUUCAAUACUUUUCUGCCGCCUGGAUUUGAUGUAUGUGUUGAUGGACCAAAAAUCAUAAUUUCGGAACCGAAUGGUCGACAGCACAUCGUCGAUGAAGCUCAGCUAUUUUGUAUUAUUUAA